AUGAACAUGUUUCGCCUCCCUCGGCGCAUACCAAGAACGCAUCUUCUCGCAACACUCUCACGACCAUUCACCCUCACGGCCCCGCAAUCGAAAAACCUCCCGCCACGCCCUAAACCCCCGCCAGACUGCGAGAUCGAAGAGUCCUUCCUCAAGGGCUCCGGCCCAGGCGGCCAGAAGAUUAACAAGACUAAUUCGGCGGUUCAAUUAAAACAUGUCCCGACGGGCAUAGUCGUCAAGUCCCAGGCCACCCGGUCGAGAAGCCAGAACCGCAAGCACGCCCGCGAACUGCUCGCCCAGAAAGUCGACGACUUGCUUCACGGCGAGCAGAGCCGGUCGAGCAUAGUCGGCCAAUUCAAGAAGAAAAAGGCCGCUAGUGCAGCCAAAAAGAGUCGCCGCAAGUAUAGAAAGUUGGACGAGGAGAGGGAGGAGAGGGGGGCUGCAGGAGGUCAGGGCGAGCCCCAACAACAACUACCACCACACGAGCUCGACAGCUCUAGUCAGGUUGAGCGAGAGACUGUUGUAGAGGAAACCAGACGUCCCCAAGAAAAGAAUAAACAGCCGUGA